AAAGAUGUUUUAUUUUUCUCUGUCGACCUGCCCCCGCAAAUGGUUAUCGACACUCUCGAAAACACGUUCAAAAAUAGCGCGCCAGAAAUUGCCCGAGUAUACAAAAACCUCAAGCAGCAAGGACGAGUUUAUCGGAACUUUCAUGUCACGUUGAUGCACAAGUCGGAUGCGAAUGCAAGUCCGGCAAAUAUGCAGCUUUGGUCGACUUACACGCAAAUGGUUAGAGCACAAAGCAACACAAAGGCGGAGGGUACUUCAAGUCGGCUUUUGGGUAUUUGUGAUGUGCGGCUCAAACGAAUUGUGUUUAACGAUAGAGUUAUGGCGAUAGUCGUAACGUUGAACGACUGGAACAACCAAUGGAAAUCGACGAAUGCGAUUCCGCAUAUCACAAUCGGAACUAGGGAUCGGUCGGUACCGCCGAAAGAAAGCAAUACUUUGUUACAUCUUUGGGCUGAGGGGGAGUAUAAUCACCAGCAGGAUACUAUUCGUGAAAUAGCUAUUCCAACUUCACCUGUAAUUGAAGGUGAAGUAAAAGCCAUUUUCGAGAAAGUUUAA